UGCAUAACGCUUAUCAGUAACCAAAAGGAACCAACUGAAUCACCGGAGCUUCUACAGUUAUAGGUGGAAGAAAGGCCAAAGAACCCAACCGACCAUCAUAUAAGGCUCCAAAAAACGACUUCGAAUGAGGCGACUGUUAUAAACGUCUCUCUUUAAAGCCCACAAAAAUACAAAAAUUGACUCGUGAAAAAUGGAGACUAAGAGAAAACUCCACACUGGAGACCCACAAAAAAAACAAAAAUCCUAACUCCCAGAGGGAAGGGAGAACAACAAUUUAUCUUCUCAUCGAUCGGUCAUCUCUCUCUCAAGUGAACUCCUUGUUUGGAAUCCUAUAUGUAAACAAUGUAAUUUGAUCCUUAUUUCGUAAGCAGUUGAACCCUAUUUUACAUUGUAUUUAUGUGGUCGAAAAGCAAAAAGAGGAAUACUAAUUUUGGUUAUCGUUUUAGUUUUGACGUGAUGCGAGUAAUUAAUCCUGCUCUUCAAUUAUAUAAGUUUUCACAGUUUGCUCGAUGCGGUUUAAUUUAUUUUCCCUCCAUUUUCUCGGCUGCCAUACAAAGAGUUGAAAUUUGAAAUUUUGGUGGUCUCCACUGAAUUUCAAGAACGUUUAAGUAAUGAAGGGUAGUAAGUGAAUAGUUAUUAGUUGCCUUUUAAUAUUUAGUUCUACUUCACUUAAUGCUCUCAGUUGUUGCAACUGAUUUAUGGUGUGUGUAUUUUUCAGGAGGGAAAAAUUUUUGCACAACUGUUGGUACUUUGACGCAGCGUAAACCUGAUUCAGUCCUUGCUGUGAUGUUCAAUGGUCGGCAUACAUUGUGCGAGGACCAUGAGAAGGUAUUAACUCAUGCCCAAAUUUAUUUGAGGAAGAUGAGCGCAUUUCAAAUAUUUUCUUUUUCUUUUUUGCUUCUUGACAUGUUUGAUCUUCUACUUAUUAAAUUUAAUGAGAUGGCCUUCUCAGCAACUCCCUCUAUUUUCUUUUCUUUUCUUUUCUUUUUUUGUUUGUCGCAAGCAACAAUUCUGUCAUGGAGAAUAGCAAUUAAUUUUGUAGCUGGGAUGCAUUCAUGGAGUUGUACGAAGAAGGGAUAUGUCUUGAUAGGGACAAAAAGCAUUUUAGUCAUAGUGGUUCCGGCACUUAACAAAGCUGAAUAUUAAGAGCUUAUGAGGAGGCCGAACACUAUCGGCUACUUUUAUGUGGUUAAGUACCCCACUUUUUCGGUGCUUUGGAUGCAUGCUUUCAUUUUUGUGGCGACAAUUAUCUAAGAUGGCACUUCUUGAUGUGCAUGAAAUAACUGUCAUAUCUUUUGAUGACCCUAUGUAUCCUUUGUGUGUUUGUUUGUUUGUAUGUAUCAGGGGUUCAUUGAGGGAAUUAAUUCAGUUUUGAAUUCGAGGAAGGAAGGUGAACUAGAUACUGAAUUUACAUGAACAUAUAUUAUCAAGACAGAAGCUUUUGUUAUAGAAGCCCUCUCAUAUUUAUUCUCUAGGAUGUCAGUUUUUUUGCAGUUGAGAAUGCAUAUAUCUGUAUUUUCUUGAUGGAAUUUUGUUUAUGAAGAAAGUUCCAGUUGUGUCAAUGGACAAUUGUGACUGCAUGCCAUUAUCACAUACAAGAGAAGGAAGUGGAAGAAAAAGGCAGAAGAUUCUGGAAGGUCGAGAAAGAAGCAGUUUUUGAGGGAAUAAAGAAUUAGUUAUCUGGUUGUUAGUUUUGGAGGGAAAUGUAAAUGUUAGUUAAGAGCAAUUACUGUGGGAACAAAAAGGAAAAUACAUGUACUGUAGAUUCAUUCCAGAACCAAUACAACCAGAUAUUCUCUCUUAAUAUUCUCUUCUA